AUGAGUUUUAUAGAGAAGCUUGGUGUUGGUGUUGGUGUUGCUUUCACCGUCUUGGCCAGAAAGUGCACGCACAAGUUCUAUUUAAUGGUUGGGAAAGUGUCGAUCACGAUGGAAGGUUGGCGAGAAGUCUUUGUUCGUAUGUAUGCAUCGUCUGGUUUGAUUGCUUCAGCGCAGUCUCUGUUCGACAAGAGCUUUGAUUUGCAGUCUUGCAACAUCAUGAUCAAAGGUUAUUUAAGAAAUGGGAUUUGGAAAGAGCUCAAACUCUUUUCAAGAAAGUCGAGCUACGGAUCUCACUGGAUCCGAGAAUCCGGAACCUCUUACCUCCCAAUGGAGAGGAAUCUCGCCGGAGACUCAACUCCGACACUCAAAUGGAAGAAAGUAGCAUACGGAGGGAUGCAAAUCGGAUACGACAACAACCACACCAACAAAUCGUUCCUCGAACAAAUGGUGAUGGAACGCCAACGUCGCGAGGCGCGAUUUGCUCAAGGCGAUGAAACACUCUGUCUCGAUCUCUCAAUACCUCUGCAUCGUUGCACUCGUCGUCUUUGGUUUGGGUCCACACUCUCGAAUCAUCAUCAUCAUCUCUAG